GAGAGAGAGAGAGGAAGUCGAGCCCCAGUCCAGUACUAUCCUCGAAUGGACCGAUGGUCCAUGGAACGUAUAGACGUCGUUUGGAACAGAAGGAGGCAGUUCUAACUUGCACUUCUAGAGCGUGACGUUUGUUCCAAAAUCAUUUGUCGAAGAAAACAGGCUAUUUUGUAUUAGGAAAUGAUGAGCAAAGUGGACGCGCCCUGCAGACCUACUGCAGCAUCGCUCACAUUUACAAUAGACAACAUUUUAAACCUAAAGUCUAGCUCGAGCUCUGACGGUAGAAGGACCAGUGACAGCUGUCACUCCAAUACACCACAGCAUGGAACGUGGCAGUGUAGAAACCAAUUCCUCAAUCACCGGUUUGAAGAGCAUAGAGUCCUACAAAGAGAGGACCCAGAGACGAGGCUACACGAUACAGAGCCUAUUAACGACUGUUGCCCAACCGGAGGACCUGAUGGCGACAUAAUCACCCGGGAAGACUCUUUACGGAUCACCGACACUCACUUCGAGAGCGGAGACAGCGGCGACGACUGCUCCUCGACGCCUCACACCCGGGAGAGUGGCACCGACGGCAAGAAAAACAAACAGCUAGCCAAGAAGAAAACACGCACUAUCUUCUCAAAGAGACAGAUCUUUCAGUUGGAAUCUACGUUCGAUAUAAAGCGGUAUCUUAGCAGCGCCGAGCGUGCCUGCCUCGCGAGUUCACUGCAGCUAACGGAAACCCAGGUCAAAAUCUGGUUCCAGAAUCGAAGGAAUAAAUUGAAAAGACAGAUUUCCACCGAGCUCGACGGAUCGAACGGGGAUUUCUCCGACGCUGGGACGGGGAAGGAACUGCAGCUCCCGGGGACGUCUGGCCCCAACAUGGAUUACAGACACACGUGCACCCGCCUGGACACGCGAGCAUGCUCCUGGAGACACAUGUGCACCCGCCUGGACACGCGAGCAUGCGCCUGGAGACACACAUGCAUUCUGGACAUAGUAUUCAGGUGGUUUCAUGGCGUCAAGUCGAUGAAGAGGUCCAUUAACAACAGCUCUGUUGUGAGCAUUCGGUCUGACCUCUGA